GGUGCUGUUGAUACUGCCUGUAGUUUGGAGUCACCAAGACUCAGAACUGAAUAUAGCAGCGUACAUACAUCGCUCUGAAACUGUUUUUUUUUUGUUUUACACUUCCAUUCCAUCACUUCAUGACUUGUGCAUUUGUGUAAAUAGAUCACGUCUAUUUUAUUUUUUUAAUUUUAUAUAACAAGACAACAGCGAGAUGGAACUUAAUUCUCUUUUAAUUCUGCUGGAGGCUGCAGAGUACUUGGAGAGAAAAGACAGAGAGGCAGAACACGGUUAUGCGUCUGUUUUACCGUACAGUAGCGACUUUUCCAAAAAGAAAACGAAAGCCUCGUCAAUUUCCAGAAAAACUCAGAACAACAGAUCGUCGCACAAUGAGCUGGAGAAACACAGACGUGCCAAACUACGACUGUACUUGGAGCAGUUGAAGAAGCUGGUGCCUUUAGGUCCAGACAGCACGAGACACACCACACUGAGCUUGCUGAAAAGGGCCAAGAUGCACAUCAAGAAGCUGGAGGAGCAGGACAGGAAGGCUUUAAACGUGAAGGAGCAGCUGCAGAGAGAGCACCGCUACCUCAAACGCCGCCUGGAGCAGCUUUCUGUGUCCGGAUCUGUAGAGCGCAUCCGCACUGACAGCAUGGGCUCUACCAUCUCCACCGACUCCGAGCAAGAGGUGGACAUUGAGGGUAUGGAGUUCACCCCCGUCGAGGCGGACAGCGUGGACAGCAUCAGUGACGGUGAGGAGGAGGAGGACCACUACAGCCUCCAGAGCAGCUCCAGUGACACCAGCUACACAGCAACACAUUCCCACAGACUGCAGCCACACCACUGUUAAGACACCACGCGGCCAUCCAUCUCUCUGCCAGCUCCCCCCCUCCACUGACCAUUUUGCAGUCGCCAACGCCGCCCACUACCUACAUCAGAUCAGUCCACAACGGCGGUACACCCUGAACAUGAUCCUUCUUUUCCUGGCCCUGGCUCUCCAGGAAUCACAUGGGGCUGAAAUGCCACUCAAGCCUUCCUGACCCCCCUGACCACUGACCCUACCUCACCCUACUGUAUCCUGCCUGAACCCUCCCCCCCCCGCCGCCCUCCCACUGCCCUCACAACCCCUACCUAGUGUUGCCGCAGGCUCAGAGAGACCAGAGCAGAAUUUGUGGUUUUCAGUGGGGACUUUUGUGAUGUGGUGGAGAGCUUUGACUUGUUAAUCAGGAUUUUGUAAAGUGCGUGUUUAUGUGUGUGUGUGUGUGUGUGUGUGUUUGUGUGCAAGAGAGAAAGACCAAGCGAGGGAGUUUAAGAGAGGUCAAAAACAAAAUAUAAGCUUCAUGUAAUCUCUAUGAGGCAAUAAGACGGACGAGGCUUAGCACUAAGUUUGUGAUGUAAAAGGUGAAGCACUUCUGUUCAUUCUGCAAUAUAUAACACAAACAAACAAACAAACUGUUACUAACAUCAUAAAGUAUCUUUCCUUUACAUGGUAAGAUUUACAGGAGUAGCUAUUGCAGAUGUCCUGCACGCUCCUUUGAAACGUUUGACUGUUGAAAAAAGCGUUAAAGAUUAAAGGAAUAGUUUGACAUUAUGGGAAUUAUAUUUAUUCGCUUUCAUGCAGAGAGAUGAGAAGAUUGACACCACUUUCAUAUCACUGAAGCUAGAGCUAGUAGCCGGUUAGCUUAGGUUAGAUUAAUACAAAAAAGAGGAUAUAUAGAAAAGGGAAUGAGUUAGCCUGACUUCGUCCGAAGUUCAGAAAUAUGCUCACCAGGACCCAGAAAGCUCACGAAUUCACAUGUUAUAUCUUGUUUGUUUAAUCUGUAGACAACGAGAAGUGAAACAACGACUUUAUAUGGAUUAAACAAGCUAGAUUUAACUUUGUUAAUUUACUGGGCUCCUGAGGUGCUGGUGUGCAGAUAUAUUCAACUGUUGGACGGAGCGAGGCUAGCUGCUUCCCCAUCGUUUCCAGUCAUUGCGCUGAGCUAAGCUAACCGACUGCUGGCUGUAGCUUCAGAUUUAGCGAAACAGACACGAGAGAGGUGUCGAUCUUCUCAUCUAAUUUCCCAAAAUGUAAAAACGAUUCGUUAAAUCUUUCCACUUUUUAGGACCGUGCCAAUGUGCAGCGGUGCUUCUGCAACUGCGCGACCCGCAAUUGGACUUCCAACAGCUAAUUCUGUGGAUCUUCGUUACCAAAUGUGGCCGAUUUUUGGCCAAAGACAAACUUAAAAAGUUACAGAGCUGUAGCAGAGAAGAAAGAAUGUAUAUAUGUACAGUUACAACCCCUCAUGUCUCCCUUUGGUUGGGUUGCCUAACCACUACUCCACACUACUGACCACUACACUAUACCACCCUAUGGUGUGGAUGGAAUACUAUGUCAAAUAGAAAAAAGGAGUUGCCUCAGAACUAAAACUCUAUUCCUUAAAGAUUGAUUUGAAUCUUGUAUUUCCUCAGUAGCGAAUUGAUGUAGCAAUAAAUACAAGAGGCAGGUGCUUCCUCUGAGUGUUUAAAUGAUUCUGGUGAACCAUGAGGUGUCACGGGAGACUUUUUUUCCUUUUACCCUUUUACCCUGUAGAUGGCACGCGGGUGCUUACAGAGACAGGACCUGGAGAAAAAGGGGCGGUUCUCCUUUUUCUUUUUUCACUAAUGGAUCCUUCUCGGUGCUCGCGACGCCAUUUACCAAGAAUUCACAUUUCUCUACAGCUCUGUUACUUAUACAAGCAGUGUUCAUGUGUGUCUGGGUGUUUUUUUUUUUGUGUCCUGGUUAACAAGUCAAAGCUGUAAAUGUGGAGAAAAAAAUUGAAAGAAAAAAAAAAAGGGCCAGCUCUAAUGAUUUGUUGUCUGUAGAGGCGUUCAUUUUGCUAACUUAGCUAACUAAUCACUUUCAGUUGAACCUUUCAUUUACUAUAACAAGAAUAAUAAUCAUAUUUCCUCUCUGCUAUCUGUUGCUUAUUCUGAAGACCAGCGUGGAUUAAAUUUCUUCUUUGACGGAGGAGGCGCUUCUGUCGCUCUCUGACCAUUUAAUUAUCAUUAGGCCUCAGUCUUUGGCAGUCUUUAGAGCUUGGCGUCCAACACUUGCAAAAAUUAGGGCCAGUCCACCAUGGCAGGUCUGACCAAAAAAACAUAAAAAACUACAAAAGACUCAAAAGUAAACAAAAAAACUUGCAUUACAAAAGAAGCUACUUGUCAGUAAAAGUGAUAUUAGCCAGUGUAGUCUAUAUUUCUUGUAUAAAAUUUUGUAUUAUAUUUUCCUAAAUGUUCUCUUGUAAUAAAAAGACAAAAAAGAGUGAAUAUGUAUAUCUAUCUAUACAUAUAUAUAUAUAUAUAAAAAAAUAUAUAAAUAUGAGAGACAGACAGACAUGAGGCCAGGCUUGUUAAAGGGAGAUUGGGGGCAGGGGAGCUGAUACACUGGCCCCUCUCCCUUGGGUGACUCUCCUGCUGUCAUUCUGUGCCUUGGUGAGCCUUCAUCCUCCUCCUCUUCUUCCCACCUCCUCACCCUCUGCCCCUACUCAGGUCACCCCCCCCCUUCCUUUUAAUCUCAUCCCUCUUCUUCUAGUCCUCUGGCGGGGCUGAAAGCUUUGAUUUCAACCCAUACCAUGCCAAAACACUUCCACGAGCAAGGGGGGCACUUGAAGAGAAGACCUCAUUUUAAAUACAUUUAAAAAAAAAAAAAAAAUGCCCCUUUGGUCUCUACUGAGAAGCCGCUGUUGUUGUUGUACACCGUGUCCAGGCACUCUCCACCCUCUUGACGCCCGCUCGUCUGCCAGUGCCGCUCUCUGUCACAAGAAAAGACAAAAAAACAAAACACACACUGGUAAACUCCCAUGGCAGCUUCCAGUCGCCCCGAAUGGUCACCAACGGGGUUCAAAACUUCUGGGCUUGAAGCGUGUUUUUUUUUUUUUUUUCAUUUUACUAUUAUUGUUUGACUUGUUGACUAUGUGUUUGUUCAAUGGGAGUCACUGGGAGAGGAGCGAUAAAAGAAUAAUCCAAUCGAUGGCAGCUUAAGGUGUUAUCCUCCGCGCUCCCAGUGGUCCAUCCCAGAAAUAGUGUUACCCAUUGAUCAGGGGACCUCUUGAGACACAGCAAUAUUACCAUCUUGUGCUUUCUGAGGGAGGGUGGGCGGGCAGGGUUUUUUUUUUUUGGACAAGCAGUUGGUUUUGCUUUUGACUCUGUGGUGUAUUUUGUUUUGGUGACCAACUCUAUAUUUUUGUUUUGAUGAAUUUUACCUCCUAUCUGCACUCUCUCCAUACACUGCAGGAGGGCAAAAAAGAAUUAACUAGAGAUUAAAACAAAAAAAAAAACCUUUUUGGAAAAGCUGUUUUUAUUCUUUUUGUCAUUGAGAGUUUACAUUCAUGUCAACAAGGAUUUGUACAUGACUGUUUGUAGCAAAAUAAUGUCCCUUUUCAGUUUGUUGGUCAAAUGAACAACUCAGUACACCAUAUAUUAAUGGCAUAAAGUUAUUCUCUUGCACAGAACCUCCCAGUAGAAACGUGACAGAGUGAAAGGGAUGAGGGCCAGAUAUGAGAUUAUAAUUUUUCAGUGGCAUCAUUGAAAAAUAUACAUAGCACACACAAACACUCAGAGCGAGUGGUUUCUGAGCAGUGGACCGGACGUGGUAACAUUUUGUUUGAAUGCUGGAUGGAUAGUGUAAUUCUUUUAAUGAUGUGCCUUGGAAAAAGUUAUUUUCUUUAAAAAAAAAGCAGAGAUUGUACCAUUUAAUGAAGACAGUUAAAUCAGUCAGAGUUGCUCUUAUUUUGAACCCCUUUGGAGAAGCAGCAGAAGAUGUUACUGCUUCCUUCUCCACUGCAGAAAGGUUAACAUUUAUUUCAAGAAGCUGAAGGGGCGCUUCGCUGAACUCCUGUUAAGUUCAAAGCGUUAUUUAAGAGUCAACACGGAGACGGACUCAGUUUAGAAAUUGUUGACUUCAGAGCAAGUACAGACAAGGUUUGAUAUUUGCUUUCAUGUCGCUGUUGCACAGAGAUUUUACUUUAGCGUGUUUUGGUUUUCUAAGCACAAUAGCAGUGUGGUGUUUGGGGAAGUCAGCAGGCCGAGACAGAAAAAGAGAGGGUGGGCGGGGGGUUGAAAUGAGGGUGGAAGCGUGGAACCAAGGACAGUCUGCACAGGGAGCAGGGUCGAGGCAGAGAAUGCCUGUGCGCAGAUAAAAUCAGAUACACAGAUGACACCAUCCUAUGUCUGAGCCUGCUGAGCAACGGUGCUUAUAAAAUCAACACAGGGACUUCCAUUAAAUAUUAUUCCUGCCAAAUAAAUAGUCACUUUUAAACCUUCCAUGCUGAAUGAUUAGUCAGAGUUCCUUUAUAUAAUUCCAGAUGAAUAGCUUUAACUACUUGUAGGCUUUAGGUCAGCAUCCCGCUUUCCCAGACCCCAGCUUUUAUUUCUUUUCUCCUUAGUUUUUUGCAUCUUUAUGUAUCGGGUGACGCUCUACAGUCGGAUUGCUCUACCGGCAUUUAUGGUUCAUCUUUUGUACCCACAGGAACCUAUAGGCUGCAAGGGAGAGCGAGCUGGCUGGGAUUUAGUUGUUGAGGAAGAGGAUGGUGGGGACUUUAUUUGGGCUGACGUGCUGUGCAGAGUAGGGAGAGUUCUGUGCCAGAGACCUGUGAAUAUGUUCCUUUUUAGCAGAUGUGUAAUAUGCAUUCAGAAGAUGUUAUAUAAGUUCCUUUUUUUUUGUUUUGUUUUGCGUGCGAGUGUGUGUACACGAGUACCUGGUGCUGGCUACAUUUUUAGCAAACACUUGAAGGUAUUGUGUAUUCUCUCAUUGUAAUAUAAUUAAAAUGUUUUAUACAUAAA